UGAGCUACAUAUUUCUCUGUGAUCGAUUGGAGAGACUUGGCAGAGAUGUGAAACUCCCAUUGAUUGAUCUCAACUACAAUCCCCGCUGACCAGAGAAAACACUCGAUAGUGAAUGCGAGAGGGGAUUUAAAUUGGACAAAUACUGUCCACCUCCUUUGACGGAUAAGGUAGCUGAGAGUUUUCGCAUACGGUCUGAGCUAAGGCACUAUUAGCGCUGAUUAACGAAUAGCCUAACCUCGACACAGUGCGACAUUAGCUAGCUUGUAAUGUCGGAACUGUUGGACUUGUUUUCCCUUCCAGACUCCGCUUCCUGUUAGCCUUUGCCUAGCUGGAAAAUCGAAAUUAUGCUAAUGCGCGAGCAGGUAUAGUUAGCCAACGCAAAGGGGUGUAACUUUACAGUAGGCUACCCAUUGCAAGUUAUUCACAAACCUAUGCUAAUAACUUUGUUUCACAACCAGCUAUCAGGGCAGCUGGUUUCCUUUAGUUUGCUAACGCUCCACGGAUAGCUUAGCCAUCUUGUUUGUGUUGAGGGAUUUAAGUAUUUAACUUGACAAGCUUUUGCAAGCAUAGAGCGAGCGAUAUUAACUUCAGUUGCAGUUGCUUGUCAAUAUCGGCAAUGGGAUCACUCGUGUAGGACCUAAUUGCGGUGACUAUUGCCUUUCAGUGUACUUUAUUUUACUGUGGGAAAAACCUGACUGCUCCACUGUGAAAAGACAAAAGAAAGCCAGUGGCUUGUACAGCUGAUGUUCUGCUAACGACGAAAACCCGUGGUAACUAACUCAGAGAAAAUAGUAUUUUGAUUAUUGUUUUGCUAUACCAUAUGUCGACGUAAGGACAGCAUUUCCAAGCACUUUCACAAGUCGUAAAAUAAGAAAGGUUUCCGUUAAGUUGACCCGCAGAGAUAGCUAGGGAGAGAGUGGACGUGAUGCAGAUGGUGCUUGUGCGACAUAUGAGGGCUGAACCCGCUUCUUUCAGGUAUCUCAUCUCAUUAUAUUGAAACAACAGCUUUAAAUGCCUUAGAAAACACUGACAGUAGCCGGUCGUCGUCAGAGGUAACUAGGUGGAUAGAGAGACGCGAAGAGGCGGUCUGAAGAGGGAGGCUCCUGUCCGUUUCUGGACGUCCAUCUCUCCAGCCUACCUUCAUCACGUCCAUCCACCACCGCCCUCCUCUUCCCCAGCCAUGGACCCCCCGAGGACUCGGUCGCGGUCUCGGUCUGGCUUCUACCAUUUUAGCGUGAACGGUAACGUUGGGAGCAAUGGCAGUGGUAACGCGAUUGGUAACGGGAACAUGAUGAACGCCAGCGGAGGUGGGGUGAGCUACCCACAGCAGAACAACCCCGGCUGGGCGCCACACCAUGGUGGUCGCAGCUAUCAGGAGAGCCAGCAGCAGCAGCACACCCCGGGGAGCUACCUGCCUGCAGGGGCGCAGCGUCACUCAUCGCACGGAGCUCACAGACAUCCCGGGGCCGGAGGAGUGCUACAUUUUCACCCAGAUAAUGUGUGCAGCGAGGACCGGGACAAAAUGGAAGACAGCCCGAGCCCGAAACGGCAGCGUCUUUCGCAGCAGUCCAUGUUGGAUCUAAACUCUGCCCCUCCCUCUACUCCUUCCUCUCCCAUUCGCCCCUGGGAGCUGCCUCCCAGUCGCAGACCACACCCCCACUACAUGCCAGAGAGAUGCCACACGCCUCUUCGCAACCGACGCAGCCCUCCAAUGAGACGCCAGCGUGGCCGGAGAGACCGACUGAGCCGCCACCACCACCACCACGCCCACAGCAACCACCACUACAACAACAACAACAACAACAACAACCACCACCAUCACCACCCCAACGGCCACCAUCACCACCACCACCACCACCUGCACUCCCACCACGGCCCGUCGCCAGGCCACCAAGAUGAGAACUACCGUCACCAGGCUCCUCCACAGGUCUACCCACCGUACAGCCAGCAACCUCCUCGAGGGCUGGGGCCUGGGCCUGAAGAGCGUCCGGGUCAUCAUCCCCCAAACCCCUCCCCGAGACCCCUCCACCAGUCACCGAACCUGUCUCCCAGGCUGCUGCACCCUGCGGCUCAUCCACAGCACCCACAUCCCCAUGCCCAUCCAUCCCAGCAACAGAACAGUGUGGUGCUGGACCUCCAUGAGCAGGGUUCAGCUCCAGUAUCGUAUCCUGUGUCUCCACCGGGAGCACCACCAGGCCUGCCACCUCGCUCCGCCCCUCAACAGAUCCCAGCAUGCUCAGUAGUCUUCAGUGGCCAGCACUAUCCCGUCUGCAAUGUACCUCCUCCGGUCCUUCAGACCUGUUCUGUGCAGCACUUACCCAUGUCCUAUCCAUUCCCAUCACUGCUGUCCAGUGACCCAGCCUUCCUGCUUCCCCCUCCCCACCUCCCCCAUCCCCCAGCACACCUUUCCCACCACCCACCUCACCUGCCCCAGCCUGGACAGUUUGGACCCUAUCCAGCACAACAGGCUCGAUCGCCGUUGCAGAGGAUAGAGAAUGAUGUGGAGCUGCUUGGGGAACACCUGUCUUUGGGUGCUGGGCUCCAUUAUCCUCCUGCCACCCACCCUGCACUCACACCACACUCCACACAGCUUCAUUUCCUGUCUCAUGAACCCCUGCCACAGGAGUUCUUCGGAGUGUCCUAUCCAAACUUUAUUCCUCGGCGUCUCCCGGGGCGAAGAUACCGAUCGCAACAGCCACUGCCGCCUUCGCCUUACCACCCCAGCCUCCUGCCUUACUUCCUCUCAAUGCUGCCAGUCCAGCCCACAGGUCCUGCAAUCAGUCUAGAGCUGGAUGUAGACGAUGGAGAAGUGGAAAAUUAUGAGGCCCUCCUGAACCUUGCUGAGCGUCUGGGAGAAGCCAAACUCAGAGGAUUGACCAAAGGAGACAUUGAACAGCUUCCUUCCUAUAGGUUCAAUCCAAAUAACCAUCAGUCUGAACAAACACUGUGUGUGGUGUGUAUGAGCGAUUUUGAGUCCCGCCAGUUGCUGCGAGUCCUGCCAUGCAGCCAUGAGUUCCACGGGAAGUGUGUCGACAAGUGGCUGAGGGCCAACAGGACGUGUCCCAUUUGUCGUGCUGAUGCCUCUGAGGUCCAGAGAGACUCGGAGUGACCACAUGAGAGAGCCAGACGCUCUUAGCUGUCUGUCAGACAUGUUCGGCACUACCUGCUCAUGAUAUAGUGAUACACAUGCACAUGCUCACACACACACACACCACAGCACGUCCUGCUUGUCUGUUAUCCUUUCAGUCUUUUUCAGUUAUCUUUUACAUUUGAUCUGAUUUUCACCAGAUUCCCUCUUCCCCAGUCAUCCUACUCUUUGUCGUUUCCCUAUCAUCAGGGUUUCCUUUUCACAUGAAGGCACGCCUUCACAUCUUUUAGCAAAUUACACCCUGCCCAACCACUAUUCUCCUGUGGUGCGUGCGUGUGUGUGUGUG